AUGAACAAAGUAUCUUAUAUAUUUAAGCUCUGUUCCUUUAAAAUUUUAUACUUCUACUUAUUUAUUAGAAAUGAUUCAACUCAAUAA